AUGAAGUAUAAUAAAAAAAACCUCUCGUUCAGCCCCACCACAGUGAGCAUCGCUGGAACGCUGCUCACCGUGUUCUUCCUCACAAGACUCGUGCUUUCGUUCUUCUCGAUAUCGCUGUUUCAACUGCUCACGUUCCAAGGGAUCUUCAAGCCCUACGUUCCAGAUUUCAAGAACACUCCCGACGUGGAGUUCUACGACCUGCGAAAUUACCAGGGCAACCAAGACGGCUGGCAACAGGGCGACCGCAUCCUGUUCUGUGUGCCGCUGAGAGACGCCUCGGAGCAUCUGCCCAUGUUUUUCAACCAUCUGAAUACCAUGUCGUAUCCGCACAACCUCAUCGACCUGUCGUUUCUGGUCAGCGACUCCUCCGACAAUACCAUGGGCGUGCUUCUAUCCAGCCUGCAGACGGCGCAGUCGCAGCAGGACAAGUCCAAGAGAUUCGGCAAUAUCGAGAUCUACGAGAAGGAUUUCGGCCAAAUCAUAGGCCAGUCCUUCUCUGAUCGUCACGGGUUUGGCGCACAGGGCCCCAGAAGAAAGCUCAUGGCCAGGGCCCGUAACUGGCUGGGAUCCGUGGCGUUGAAGCCGUACCACUCUUGGGUGUACUGGAGAGACGUGGAUGUCCAAACGAUUCCCACCACCAUCAUGGAGGACCUAAUGCAUCACGACAAAGACGUCAUCGUCCCCAACGUCUGGAGACCCCUGCCGGACUGGCUGGGGAACAUCCAGCCCUACGACCUGAACUCGUGGAAGGAGUCCGAAGGUGGUCUUCAACUGGCAGAUGCCCUGGACGAAGACGCCGUAAUCGUCGAGGGGUACCCGGAAUACGCCACUUGGAGACCCCAUUUGGCCUACAUGAGAGACCCCAACGGUAAUCCAGAGGACGAAAUGGAGCUAGACGGCAUCGGAGGUGUCUCCAUUCUCGCCAAGGCCAAAGUGUUCAGAACUGGCUCACACUUCCCUGCAUUUUCCUUUGAAAAGCACGCCGAGACAGAAGCGUUCGGCAGACUGUCCCGCAGAAUGAACUACAACGUUAUCGGCCUUCCCCAUUAUGUCAUCUGGCACAUCUACGAGCCCUCCAGCGAUGACUUGAAACACAUGGCUUGGAUGGCGGAAGAGGAGAAACGGAAACUGGAAGAAGAGAGAAUUCGGGAAUUCUACCACAAGAUUUGGGACAUCGGAUUCGAAGACGUCAGGGCCCAAUGGAACGAAGAAAGAGACUCGAUCUUGAAAAACAUCGACUCUACCCUAAACAGCAAGGUCACUGUGGACUGGUCUGAAGACGGCGAUAGUUCGGAACUCGUGGACUCGAAGGGUGAGUUUGUCCCCUCGAAUAACCCACAGCAACAACAACAGCAACAGCAACAGCAACAGCAGCAAGACAGCAACCCGCAGGGGAAGGCUCUUGAUGAAAACGACAAGAACAAGAAAAAACUUUUCAAAGAAGUUCCUUUGGACUUCGACCCUGAUAGAAACUAG